UUCCUGUAUGAUGACUCCACUCCUGCAUAUAUCGUGCCAGUUAUUAUCAUUACAUGGAUAUGAUAUAUUUCUUAAUCAUUCUCCAUCAGAACCCUUCCUGGAGAAAUCAGUGCCAGACAUGACUCAGGUUAGCGGACCGAAUGCCCAGCUACUGAAAAGUGAUGAUUAUCUAUCAUCAAUUGAGCAACAACCACCCCAGCAAAAGAAAAAGAAAAAGAAAAACAAUCACAUUGUUGUAGAAGGUCCCAAUAAAGGAUUUGGUAAAGAAGGUUUUCCUGGUGGGCUUGAUGGCCAAGAUCCUACCAGGAAAUCAUUAGACUGCUCCCAGGAAGAGAAAAAGAAAAAGAAAAAGCCCAAGGUGAAAAAAGAGCCGAAGGAUCCAAAAGAACCGAAGGAGAAGAAGGAGCCUAAGGAACCCAAGACUCCCCAAACCCCUCAGAUCCCUAAAGAUCCGAAGGAAAAGAAAGCAAAAAACACCACACCAAAACCCAAGAGCAACAAAAAGGCGAGUAGCAAGAAAUCAGAAUCAGAAUCCAGUGCAUUGAAGAAAAAGGUCAACAAGGGAAAAGAAGGUUCUGAAAACUCUGAUUUGGAAAAAACACCACCAGGAUCACCACACCCUGAGGAGGAAGAUGACGCAGGAGUUCAGAAGAGGCGCUCUAGCAGACAAGUUAAGAGAAAGCGUUACACCGAAGACCUGGAGUUCAAGAUUUCUGAU